UGGCUUUUACCGAACAUAUGUAGUUGAGUUUUCUUUUUCCCAUUUAUUAGUAUCAUAGAGGUUCACGUUUCUUGUUUUAGAUCGUCCCAUAUCGAACUUAUUCCUAGAUGUUUUUUAAAGUGAAGUACGGAGUGGACCAGACAGUGCUUGUAAAUCCAAACUGUAUUGUGAAAUUGAUAUAUGAGUAUUUAAGGAUAACAGCUUCGGUUCCAGAUGAUAUGGAGAUCGAUUUGUACGACGAGAAUGGAAAAGCGUCCGAGUUAUAUGCUACGCGAGUUAAUGUAAAUGGAUUAACGAAAUUUACUCCUAGGGCUACCUAUUAUCUUGUGAUAUUUGAAAAAGAUCAAACAGGAAGGAUUUCAAGCGCAAUUAUAGGGGCUCAAAAGAACACUAAAGCUUACAAAAACAUUUUAAUCAAAUUAUUCGGAAAUAAAAGGCAAAGUGGAAGAAGUAUUACUUCGCGAAAAAGUGGUUUACUUAAAAAAAAAACAUCUAAAACAUCUUUUAGCAGUAAUGAUGGUUUUGAAUUAAAACAAACGUUCUCGGAAGAAAUCGGACAUGGGCCUGGAGGUGACGCUCAUAGCUUGUUGAAAGUGGCACUAUCAUCGGAAAGCACUGGUUCAUAUGUCGGGAGAGCAAUCGAAAAUGGUGAAGAAAUGCCGCGUUUUUAUGGCCGGAUUGUGUACAGUGAAGAUAUGCCGCAUUUUUAUGGGCAGAUUGUGUACAAAGAUGACGGUACGCAGUUGGUCGACGAAGAAGGUGCGCCCCUCCUUCUAUUGCUCGGAAGCGAUCUCACACCGAUAACCAAUGCCGACGGUUCUUCCUUAUACGCUGCUGGAGGUGUAUUACUAUCGGGGAGUGACAAUAAACCAUUGGUUGGACUCGAUGGAAGAAGCUUAUUCAGUACCGAGGGUCAAAUGGUGCGCAAUUACGACGGUACUGUAUUUAAGGACGAAGAAGGGCAGCCUGCUUUUCUCACCCCUGGAAAAGUAUUAAAAGACUCAGAGGGGCAUGUUCUGUACAGUGCACAUGAAAAGACGAUUCUUGGGAGUUCGGGUCAAUAUGCCAUUGGACUUGAUGGGCGUAAUUUGCAGCAAGAAUCUAGAAUAUAUCAACAGUCGUCACAAGAAAAUAUCGAGUACGUGUCAAAACCUGUCCUGGACGUCACUGGAUCGCCUAUUUUCGACAAAGACGGAAACCCAGUAUAUACCACCUUGUUGCCUCACUUUGGGGAUGACGGCAAACCUAUUUUAGACGAGGAUGGCCGGCAGUUAUAUGUUGAGGCGAAUCCGUUGUACGGUCCGGAUAAAAUGCCAGUACAGCUUCCAAAUGGAUCACUCCUUUAUGUAGGGGAAUUGAAAAGAUUAUAUACUUCUAAAGGUAAAGCUGCUGCGGAUAAUACUGGUCGACCGUUAUAUAGUGGUAACGUGAAAGUCCUUUACGGAGCUAAGGGGAAACCGAUUGUUGGGAACCACGGGAAAGUGUUAUACGGUCACGCCAAGAAAAUUAUGCGCAGACCGGACGGCGGCGUUUUGAAAACAAAAGAGGGAACAGUUAUGCAUUGGCCAUCAAAACGACCUCUUUACACUAAGGGCGAUGUGAUAAUUUAUGGUGGAAACAGUCGUCGUCUAAAAGAAAAAGACGGUAAAACUCUCGCUUGGCCGGAUGGUAAACCAAAAUACGGAGUAGUGGGUGACCUCAAGUUUACGUCAGACGGCCAAAUCGCGCUUGGGCCUGAUGGAUUGCCAAUAUAUUUGCCACCUGGACGUAAUAUGUUCGGGCUCGAUGGAAAUCCGAUAAGCGGCCUGAAUUGGACGAAACUCGUCGAUCGAAGUGGAAGGCCGAUGUACGAUGAAAAAGGCCGGCCGCUUUAUGGAGUUGAUGGCGAUGCGUUGUAUGGACCUUCCUCACAAAAACCGAUGUUUAAUCAAAAGGGUGAAAUUCUCAAAGGCGAAGAUGGAAAACCAAUGUACUGGCCCGACGAUUCCUUGAUAUACAACGCGGAAGGAGAAUUCCGCGAUUUGUUCUACGGGAAACCUAUAAUACAGAACAACGGCAAACUGCUUCUUGACGCUAAAGGUGCUCCAGUUAUGGCACCACAUUUUGAAGGUAUGACAAAGGCCUACAUGUACAAGCCUGCAGAAGAUCCUACUAAUUGGGUAACUAAAGGGCCAUCACAUAAAGCUCAAAUAAAAGACGCAGACAUUUAUCCAAAUGCUGCUACACAAUCUUGGAUGUGGAAUAAACCAAAAUCCCAAGGAGAUGAAUGGAUUGCUAGACACCUCAUUCCUAGGGAUACAUUCACUAAAGACACGUUGAGACAUCCUUUUUCGAAAAAGGAUGUACAAACCAAUGAGCCACCUGUAAAUUAUUAUCCGGUCGAUAAAGUGAAAGACACGGCCUCGGUCGAUGGAGGUGGUGAUUGGGCAGUAAUCGAUCCAAAAUGCAUUAAAAGAAUUUCAGAGUUGCAAAAAAGACCCCAAACUACCCCCUCAUACAAUUCAGCCAAAAUGACAGAUGCCGACUAUCUACUUCUCUUGCAUCCUCAUAUGGGAAAAUUUAAGCAGAGUCACGGAACAUACCUGUAAAAAUAUCAUAAGAAAUAAUGUAACGGCAUUCGAUAAGCAACCAUGUCUGGUAUUUACUUUCAUCGUUUUCUGGUGUACUAGUAAACAAACAGUAAUAUUUUUACACAAAUAAACGUGUCACCUGCAGAUUCUUCAAGA